CGUUACUGCAAAUAUUUUGUACUUAUUUGUAAUCAUUUUUGUUUCUCUUUCAGGGUCAUGCUGGUAUCUGAGACCAGUAAAUUUACUAGGACAAAUCCCAGUGUAAGCUGCUCACUAGUUUGUCAAUGUUGCUAAUUACUGGGAGAUUCCAAACCUUACACCCUUCCCCCCUAUGGACCUUCCUAAAGAAUGUGGGAGGAGGAAAAGGGACAGGCUUUAUCUCUCUGCUCACACACGAUGAAAAGACAGUAUAAGAGUGUGUUAUAUACACAGUGUUGGAUUCCAAAAUGACACUAGUCUUGUAUUCUGCAAUGCUUUACCUUAAAUUUAUUUUUUAAUUAUUUUUAGGUUUCGUUGCUUUUUUUUUUUUUUGGUCUUUUUGUCUUUUAAUAAUGGGUUCUGAAAAUGUCACUUCUGGCUUCUUCAUGGGACUGAUAGCAAUUGAAGACUUUAUAAGAAACCCUCCAAGUGGAGUUUAUGUUGAAAACCAACCUAAGAAAAGCAGAGUAGGUAGCCUCUCGGACAAAGUCUGCAUCUUUAUGGACGACUUUGCCACUGCCUCUGGUAGAAAAGUAGUGUUUUCAAACUCAUUUGGUCGAAUUGUCCAGGUGAAAACAAUGAUUGAAUAUUCAAAAGUGAGAAAAAUAUUAACUUCAAAACUGCUUUUAAUCCUUGUGUCUGCUUGUGAGAAAAAAGCAGGUGAAAGACGAAGGAGAGCUGAUAACCAAGCAAAAGUGUUGAAGCAGUUCAUUUUAAUAAUAAACGGAAACAAUCCAAUGAUUAAAUGGGAAAUGGAAAGAGGAUUAAAUGAUGUGUUUUCUUCAGUUUCUUCAGAGAACUUUACCGUAAAGAUUGAUUUAAAGGAAACUCUGCAGAAAUGGACACAAGACCAAGGUUUUGCAAUUACAGUUGGACCUCGUACUGUAACCCCAGAUUGGCUGAACACAACAUUUAACCUGAACUAUGAAAGUGAUGCAUCUUGUGACUUUCCAUAUUGGUUUGGAUUUAGCAAGAGGAGGUUUUCACUCCAUGGAAAGAUUGUUUAUUUAAGAAACAGAACUAUUGAAGAAAAACAUAAUCUAGAAGAACUUUUCCUUGCCUUCGUUUCGGAGCCGAGUUGAAACCAUAAGUGGGACAUAAAGAGAAUUUUAUAGUUCUUUGUACUGAAAGAACUGAAGCAAUUGACAUGUACAAGCAGGACCUGAGCACAAUGUUUAUGCAAACAACUCAUAAUAUGUUAUGAACGGGUGAAUGAUCAAAUAGGGGAGGGCGGGUUGUAUAUGACUCCAGACAUAUAGGAGACAAUGGGGACGAUUUAUGUAAGUGCGAGCUUACAUGAUACGAUGUAGAGUAUCAUUUCCACCGCACAUUGAAAAAUACCGAUAGUAUACGGCCGCUAGCAGGGGGUGUCAAUCAGCCCGAUCGUAUAGGAUCGGGAGGAUUGAUGUCCGCAGCUCUUUAGACCGCUGCUUCAUAACUGCUGUUUUUGGUGAGCCUGAAGGCUCGCACGGAAACAGGGGCAUCAAGCUCCAUUCGGAGCUUGAUAAUUCGGCCCCAAAGAACGCAGUACAGCAACAGAUUAAGAUGCCUUUGGAGGUUCAUUGCAUUUCCAUAAUGAUAAAAGAUAAAACACAUUCUUGCUGAUUAGGGAAGAAUUCAAAUGUCAGAAGUUUUGUUGUGACUCAACAGCUAAAGCAAUUGUGUAAAAUGUUUAUGAUGUAUAUUCAACUCCAUACUUCAGUGAUCGCUAUUAUUCCUUUUAUGUGUGCAGACCCUGUACAAAAUGUUUUUUGUAUAGUCCAUAAAAGUAAAGAAAACACCUGGCACAUCUAAGCUUUUUCUUGUAAAUUAAUCAUCAGUAUGACAGAAUUACAGAAAGAAAAACAUAAAUAUAUUUUUAAAAAAAUGGUAAAAAGACAUAACGUUGCAAUAGCAAAAUAUUCUGAACAUUUUCUUAUUACACUAAUGUCUGGCUAUACAUAUUAGCACUACUAGUCUUUAGCUUAGCACAGCUGGUGAGUUAUACAGGGGUGGUUUAUGUGUAGCUGCCAAUUACCGGUCGCGUUCAACUCAUGCUAUGUAGUGCUGCUGUAGAGCUGACUUUAACUAUGUCUUUAACUACUUUGCAGCUUAUUGCAGUUUAAUUUCCCUAUAUAAAAUAAGGUUAACAUGUUUUUAAGAAUGGAAAAAAAUUGCAUAGCUGCCACCUUAAAGGCUGUUAGUAUUGUUAUCCUUUUCUAACCUAAAUCUGUGAAUUCUAUCUCUGCAAUAUAUUGCUGACAUGUUGUUCACAACGUUUUUACCUCAUGAGAUAUUGAAAUAAAGAAAACUUGUGAUAAAA